GCUGUAUUCCCGACCGUCACUGACACGCAUUUUCAUUGUCUUUUUUGCGAAACGGAACAGCUAACCGGAAUUAGUUAGUCAAUUGUAGAUUUCGUUGCGAAUUAUUACUCAGGACUAAUCAGGCUAAGGCCAGACAAUGGAGGUGGACGAGGAAGAGUUCGAGGUACCUUCAAGCAGCAGUAAGGGCGAGAAAAAGCGGUUCGAGGUGAAAAAGUGGAAUGCCGUUGCUUUGUGGGCCUGGGACAUUGUGGUGGAUAAUUGCGCCAUUUGCCGCAACCACAUCAUGGACCUAUGCAUAGAGUGCCAGGCGAAUCAAGCAUCCGCCACUAGUGAAGAGUGUACCGUGGCCUGGGGCGUUUGCAACCAUGCUUUCCACUUCCACUGCAUCUCUCGUUGGUUGAAGACCCGCCAGGUAUGCCCGUUGGACAACCGCGAGUGGGACUUCCAGAAGUACGGCCACUAAAAUUGAAUUCCUCAAGGAACUCCUGAUGAAGCAGCCUUAAAUUUCCCUGAAGUUCACACCAAAUCAUCCUGUAAACAUCCAAGCUUGAACUCUUUUUUUGUUAGAACUUCCUUUUCUGUUCCUGCAAAUGGUACUUCCAGAAGUAGGAAAUCCUCAAGGAUCUUUGGAUUCCUUUGUUAACCAACCGUGAAAGCUGCUUCAUCAGGCCAUUUAAAUUAUAUACCUUCGUAGACGUUAAGCAAACGGAUCGAAGAAUUUGGUAUCCUUCACAUCGGUAUCCGGAUUCUCUGAUUCCCCGACAAGCCGACAUUUUUGUAACGCAUUAAAUAAAAGCUGAAUAAGAUGGAGAAAA